AUGCACCUGCGAAGGUCAAGUAACUCGGCCGAUGGUCAUUCUUCCACGCCUUCACCUUCAUUCUCCUUGUCAAGCACCAAACGUCGAUUCCCUCUUCUAAGUAGGAGGAAAACCCGACACUCAGACGUCUCAGAAUCCUCGAUUCCUCCACUGGCAUCGCCGUCUGCAUCACCUUUGCCCAACCAGAAGGAUACCAAACCCAGUCUUCGGGUGCAUGUCGAUAUCAAAUUUGAGGGCCCACACAGCUCUGAAUAUGUUCGCGACUAUGAAGCUUCAUCCCAACUAAACGCUACGGAUCGCAUCUGUCAAGCACUUCUCUCACGCCUGCAGCAUUGCUCAUCCGAGCUCAUCACACGCCAUGACAGCAACGCACUCGAUCCGCUUCGCAAGCCUCAUCGUGAUGUUAAACCAUUGCGAUAUCGCAUCACAUAUCGUGUUGAACGCGAUGGUGUUAAUCUAGUAGAAAAGUCUUUGCGGUCUUUCCAAGAGUAUGAGUUGACGCAUGAUGAUACUCGCGAGGUUGUUGCUGCCACCGACCGAAUCAUCGGCCUCUUCUUAGUGCGCCACGACCCCGGAUUUCGAUGGUCUGAGUCCGCUGAGAAUGAACCAGCUAGCCCCGAGACUGAGACCUUUCGGCCGUGCACCGGCCGACCUCAGUCCAUGGCGUGCAUCCCCCGGUCUCAUUUCGUUCACGAUUCCCAGAAAUUCGAGUUUGUUUCUGGAUAUUCCAUUGAGCUUUUCUUGCGCAGUCGUUGCGCCACCCGGUACCCAGAGAGCCGGAAUGCUUCCAUCAAGAUCGACAGUCACCAGCCUUCGCCUUUGCCUCUCCUGCUUGGUGAGGAGUUGACAACCCGAGUUUCUAAUCUCAUCAUCGACCCAGUCGAUGCCUGGAAGCGCAAAUUUGACAAGCGUCAUAAGUCUUGCGCGGGACUAGAAGGCAGUGGUGGUUGCUCGCAUAUCGAGGAUGGAGCCGUGGACAUUAUGGUCAAAGUCCGAAACCAUAUUGGUCCUGACUAUACGUAUUUCUCUCAUCGCAUCCAAACGAGCAAGGUCCUCUUCAAUGACCACAACGGCCGUGACUUUGACGAGUUCGCGAAUCAAGUCAAGGCAAAGUUGGAGAAAGCUCGCGAUCUGACUGACAAGUCUAUGCGCUCUCUGGAUGACCUCGUUCUCACUAUUCAUGAGUUGCGUGGCAAAGCCUGGGCUGUUCAUGAGCCUCUCGUUGUUCGACUCGACCCAACGAUUACAUACUGUCGCCAAACUAUGGAGGCCGUCAUGGAGCGCCUUCAGACAGGUAUCAGCAAUGUGCUUGAACACCACGAGGAUGCUCUCGCUACCAUGACUGUCCACAAGCGGGGCCAUCUCAUCUUCGAUGGGUUUCUCGACGGUGCUGGCGGCGUUGAUACCGUGCAUUUCGAAAAGUUUGCUACCCCUGACCUGGAGCGCAAGGCUCUGGAGGCUCACUUGAAAGAACGUAUUCGCUCAGAUAUCACAAUGCUUUGCAGGGAUACCUGUGCUAUCGACUGUCCUGAAGCGCUGCCGAACUUGCGGUUCAAGGCAAGCGGAAGCACUGCAUCUCCCUUUGGGGCAGCUUCAUUGACCAGACCAGCUUUGUCGACAGCUGGCUCAUCUGUAGCACCCACUACACCUUCACUCACUGCCUCUCCUCUCCUGCGCCAAGCCUCUGAAUCUUCUUUCAACGGAUCUUUUGCUAGCAGCCAUUCUGAUAAUGCACUUGCCAGGAAGGUUGCAAUGCAAAACUUAAGGGAUUCUGCUGAACCUCCUUCGACACCAGCAACCCCAUCACCUGAUUUACGCCGCGUUCCAUCAGGCAUUCAGAUGGCCAAGAAGCAUGGAUACAUGUCUGAUUUCAUGGCAGACGACGAAAACCAGUCCGAAACCCCGUCUACUCCAAGCCUGGUAGAUACUGAUAGUAUAAGCCCUCGAGACAGUGUCGUCGCAACCCCAUCGCGGUCGGCAACCAAUGACCAGUCCAACGAGGGACUUCGAAUCGUCGACGAUGGACGAAGAAUUAUCUACCAAGAGCAAUCUGACAUGGAUGCUAUUGCAAGCGGAAUGGUGCAAUUCCACCGCCCCAUCACCGAUGAUGAUGAGCCCAUUCAGCUCACCAAGGACAAGUCGUCCGAGAACUCCGAUAAGAAAUCGGUCCGCCACUUACUCAAUACUCGUAUGCCUGAUCUUUCAGGUAAUUUGGACCACCUCACUCUGUCUGGGGAGAAUGGUGUUGUUGCAUCUCAAGAAGAAACACAAUCUGUAGCUCCUGUGACAACAGAGCUCCAGAGAGCCGAUGUGGCCAUGGAGGAAACCCUAAGCGAGGAGAACGUCACGGACACUCCUCAUACUAAACGAGAUGAGCAGUGUAAGAUGGAUGAGGCCAGAGAUGUGCCUCGUCAGUACUCAACCGAAGUUGAGGCAAAUUCGAAGUCUGAGACGAGCUUUGGAAGCACUCCUGAAGCUAGCAUCCAUGAGGAAAUUGAGACUCAAGAAACGCAGUUGUCCAAUGAUUCUGAAGUACCGACACCCAAGGCUGACACUGUCGCUACUGGGGACCAGGAUAUUAUAGACGUUGAUGCAGCACGGAAGACACUUGAUGUUUCUGUGCUGACCUAUUUCCCCAGACCCCCUUCGAUCCACUCGCAGGCUGGCGAGGUCAACCGCAAUGACCAGAAGGAGGAGGAGCCCUCAGAAUUUCCGUUCGAACUUCCAGCGCCUGAUACAAAGGAAAUUGAGGAGCUGUCCCAGAUUGACAACCCUCAGGUGUUUGAAGGAGCACCAGCCUCGAGCGAUUCUGAAAUCUCAAUGCAGGGAGAUACCAAUAACCAGGAAGAUCAACCACUAAUCGGCACAGAACAAGUCGAGAACACACCUCCCUCUCUUGCUGCCCCAGCCCAGUCUCAGGCCGAGACCGCAGAUACAGUUCCUGGAUCUCACCCUGAGAUGAUUACUCAUUUCCUCGAGACGGUCCCAGAAGACACUCCCCUCGAGUCUUCUCCUACAGUGACCGAAGAUGUACAGGCAGUAUCGACUGAAUCAUCAAAGUCUCUGGUAGGGGCCCCGAAGUUUGAUGAGCGCCCUCACCUACCGACCAUGGCCUCGGCACCUCUAGAAAGGAUGCCACUUCAGGAAGACUUUGCCAUAGACUCAGAAGAAGACGAGAAAAAGGGGCAAGAGACUCCUCGAAACUUUGAUGUUUCUGACUUCUCUGACGCUCUUUCACGACCUCGAACUAGGCCUCGUACCAACACCCUUCCUGGGCGUAGAUACUCGACAGCCUUGACCCUUGAGAUCGACCUCAAGGCCCAUUGUGAUCCCGAUGAAGAGGACUCACCUACUGACUCGCCUCCAAAGAGUGCCAGUGGUGAUUGGCGACCGUACACGCUCCAUCGUCGUCAACCUUCCGCUGGUUUUAUCGGCUUGCCAGAGCAACGUCGUCUGCAUUCUGUUGGGCUUCGCAGUGCCGUUCUGCCAUAUCGUUGGCAGCAAAUGCGACGUGAACAGGCACUUUUGGAAGGGCGGCCCGGCACAUCGCAUAGCGAGGCAUAG